CCGCUGCUGACCAAUCUAUCAGUGAAAAAACCAACCUCAAACCGUGAAGUCACUUCGAUCAAAGCGGGCAAGGGAAUAUUCGAUAUCGUACAGAAUAUUUGAUUUAAAUAAAGGAAUUUCCACAGAAUAUCAAAAUGGCCUACAAAUGGGUGCAGUCCUCGGCCUACUCCUCCAUUCCUGAGGAAGCUGUGGUGGGCGGCAACGACGAGGAUGGCGCAAUGAUCUACGUUGGACGGGCCGAGCACGAGGGCGACAUGAUGGUCUGCAAGGUGGUGCCGUCCAAGCAGAUCGGCUUCAUCUCCAAUCGCGGUGAAGCGCUGCCCAAGGACAUCUUCGAGAUGCUGUGUGGCCAGAACCUGGUCUGGGUCAAGUGCUAUGACCACGUCAUACCCGAGACGGCCGUCCUGUGCGGACGCAGCUCGCUGGACCAGCCCGUGUACAUUGGCAGAGGCCACUACGAGGGCCACCUGAUCAUCGGCAAAAUAUCCUCCGUCCAUCGGGCUCUGUUUAUCGCCUUUCGCGGAGCCGAGCGACGGCUGGACUCGUACGAGAUCCUUGUGGAGGAGAGGAGGGUUGUGCCCGGCUGGCAGUUGCCCCCGCCGCCGCCGCCGGAGGAGCUGGAGAAGUGUCCGCUAACACCGCCGCCGCCACCGUCUCCGCCCGCUCCCGCGCCACCAGUGGCCGAGAAGGCACUAGAGAAGUAUCCGUAUCCUCAUCUGGCCGCAAUGCCGUUCCCAAUGUCCGACAGGCCGCCAGCCUACACACCCACUCCCGAUCCUCUGCCGCCGCCGCCGGUGGGUGGAAUCUUUGUGAUGCCUCCCCCCCCACAUGCACCGCCGCCGGGCGGCGUUUUCGUGAUGCCACCUGUCCGCCCACAGCCACCACCACCACCAGCACCACCAGCACCACCAACCCCCUCGUUUUACCCCGCUGAAGUAGCUCCAGCCGCAAUUGCCGUCGCACCAUCGUUCACACCGGCGGAGAUGUACAGGCCGCCAAUGGGCUCCUACGGAGCUGCCGGCACAUCCUUCACCCCGGCGGAGUACGCGCCUCCGGCGUAUGAAGUGUCCUCCUCCACGUCCUACGGCUACGAGAGCAACUAUGACGUCUGGGUGACCGCUGGACCGGGCUACUUCUACUCUGCGGAUGCCGUCAUCGGUGGACACGACAGCAACAUGGCGCAGCUGCUCGUCUGCCGCGCCUACUAUGCGGGUGUCCACGUGCCGGGCAAGGCGAUUCCCAGCCAGGGAUGCGCGUACAUUGCUCACGGUGGACGCGAGAUCGUGGAGCCCACAUACCAGGUGCUGCUCGGCCAGGGAAAGUACCACUGGGUGCGCGCCCAUGAGGGCAGCAUUGCCCCCGGUGCCGUGAUGGCGGGACGGGCACCCGGUGGCGAGCCACUCUACAUUGGACGCGCCCACUACUGUGGCAGUCUGACGCCCGGUGUGCUGCAACAGUCCAACCGCUGCCUGCAGAUCCCUUUCGGCGGCCAGGAGAUCCGCAUCAGCAGCUACGAGGUUCUGGUCCGCAGUGACCUCUAUCAUAGCCAGCAGGCCAUGCUCCUGGUCUACUGAGUGUCCAAGACCAAACCCGAAACUACCGAAACGAGUGCAGCUACCUCAUUAUCCCAAAAGGAUCCAAUAUAUUUGCCUGCAUUGUGGCUUCCUUAAUUAUUAUAUAUAUUUACCAGAAUUAUGUGUAU